CAGCAUGCUAGUAAACAAUGCAGAUCCGACAAAUCUGCAGCAGAGGGACAGCAGUCACUCACAUCAUGUCAGACUGGUCACCUCUGUAGUGGGUCUGCUGUGGUUUAUGUAGGCUAAUGCUCGGACUGGUGUCCACUGUGUCGCUGUGUGUUACAGACAGGCUCACACAGGUGGACUAGUCAGACAGGUUGGACUGGAAGCCCUUUUGUUCACUACUUCUUGAAGGCGAUGUAGCUUUUUCUUUUGUUGGGGGGGGGGAGUUAUCAUGGAGAUAGUCGCAACUGUAGCACUUCUACACCUGUGUUUGUGUGCGACAGUGGCAGUUUCGGAUAGUGACUCCACCGAAACGGCCCUGACAGCCGCACCGGGCGACGUCGUUCUACUUCCGUGUUACCACGUCGGUAAUGAAACAGCGACUUUAACGACGUGGAUGAAAAAUGGACGAGAAAUCAUUACAAGUGGCGGUUCUUCGCCGAACCUUUCACCCGCCGGACAGCGCCUCGAAGUGCUGCAUGAUGGGAGCCUGAGCAUCAAUGGGGUGAUACCCGGAGAUGAGGGCACCUACAUGUGCAGCUCCACGCUGCCAGGCAACUACACUUUUCACGCACGUGUGCUGCUCCAAGUAACCUGUGGUCCAGAAAAUAUAUCUGCAUCCAUUGGUCCGGCCACUGCCCUGUCCAACGGGACGCUCAUCGUCUAUCGGGGUUCGACCGUCUUCUUUAACUGCUCCGGCUCCUCGUACCCCUCUCAGCAGCUGACCUGGGCCUUCAGAGGAGCUUCAUCCAGCAACGAGUCGCUGGUUUCAAACUCUGAAUCCUGGCUGGACUUCAGGAUAGAAGACAUUCAGCCCAGGGCUCAGGGAGUUUACAGCUGCAGGGCUAACAACACUGUCACUCAUCAGGCAGCCAAUAAGAGCACAGAGCUGUUAGUAUACUAUGUCCCAGACAGACACCCUGACUGUAUGUGGGCACCAGCAAAUGACACCUCCCACUUCCAAUUUAUCUGCACCUGGUCUGGAGCGUAUCCUCCCCCGACGCUAUGCUGGGGGGAAGACGAGGGUGACCAAGGAGCUUGCUGGAAAGAAAAUGUUUAUGCAUCAGAGGUGACGGACAGUCUCUCAGUGACGCUGAACCGCUCAAUGCUGUCAGACGGGCAGGUGGUGAGGUGCAUAGCCCAGCACCAAGCGCUCGCUCAGGGAAAAGAGAAGUCGUGUUCGUUUACCCUCAAACCUCCGUACCCCGAAGGCGAGCCGCUGGUCACAACUCUAGAGGCGACCAGCCUAACUCUGACCUGCUCUGAGGCCGUGUCCAUCCCCCCAGCAAACACCACGUGGAGAAAAGGGCUCAAGCAGGAGCUAAUUGUUCCCGGAUCCAAGUACGUCCUGUCUGUGGAAGGACCCGUCUUCAAGCUGACCAUACUCAACAUCAGCAAGGACGACGAAGGCGUCUACUUCUGCCGCAGCGAGAACCCACUCGCCGUCCGCGAGCUGGAAGUGUACCUCACUGUGAAGUCCUCCUCUGCAUACACAGGAGCGAUCAUCGGUGUCUUUAUAGCUGCACUGAUUGUGGGAUCGGCCGCAAUCGUAGCAAAACUUGCUUACUCCGGCCGACACCGGAUUUGCCUGGGAGAUGGCUUUGGGCAAAUGGAGGACAAUGGAGACGUGCUAAGUCUGGUGGAUUCAGACGACGAGCAGAUCUUUCAAGAUGCCGUUCCCCGGCUGCCUCCGUUAACCAACGGACAUCAUACAACGCUCGUCCAGAUACAUCGGAUCCCAUCAAGCGAUCAUGAGGAUGCAGAAACAGCUGACCCAAGCCCACAGCAGCAGGAAGAUACUGUACAGAGAGAAGAGCCAGUGGAUCUUUUAACAUUUUAGGUAUUGGGUGUUUUAGAGAGAAGUGUUUUUAUUUUAGGUAAAUACUAUUCACUCCCAAUGACAAUAUGAACAGAAUCGGUGGAAGACACAUCAGCUCAGCUCUCUUAAUUUUUUUAAUUGUUUUUUAAACAGGGUUUUUAAUUUUUGUAAGCAUGUUUUUUAUUAUUGAUUUGUCUGUAGAGCAUUCUGAAUAUGUUGCUCUGAUGUUGAGAUGUGUGCAGUAAAUGAAGCUGCUUAAACUAAAUGAGAUGUGACAAUGGAUUUGGUCAUUCAUAACUUAUUGAUUUACGUACAUUCCCACUCUGCACAUAGCAUUUACAGAUUAACUAUGACUAUCGCAGUCUAGAAUGCAACUCUAGACUGGAACCAUUUUAAAAAUGUGGUGGAGUUUUGUCAGUAAGUCUCGUGUGUAAGAUGUAGUGAAGGUUAAAAACAGCUAUCACUAAAAUAUCACUAGAGUUUUGACUCAGUAUGUCAAUAUCGGUAAUAUAACAACAUUUUGGGUAUGACUUUGAUCUUAGUAAAUAUUUAAACUAUAA